AUGAAACCGCGGGAAUCAAAAUCUUUCUCCAUUGAACACAACAUUGAUUCCAUUUUAUCAUCGAAUCAUCAAAUGAUUCAUAACAAUCCUCCUCACCUAUCUCUAUACCAAUCUCUCGUACUCGCCGGCCACCGGAUCAAACCCUUAAAACAAGUCCACGCCCAAAUCAUCCUCUCCUGCAAACCGGCCGCAGCCCUCCCUCUCCUCACCAAACUCAUUACAUCCGUCUGCACGGCAAAAGCAAUUCACUAUGCCCGCAAACUCCUCUUUUCAAUCUCCAACCCUGAUUCCUUCCUCUUCAGUUCCGUUAUCAAAACUUCCACUAAACAUAACUUCCCCCUUCAUUCCCUCAUUUUCUAUCAACACAUGUUAUCUUGUAAUUCCGACCCUUCCAGCUAUACUUUUACGGCUGUGAUCAAAGCUUGUGGUAGUUUGUCUGCUUUGAAACUUGGCAAGAAUGUGCAUUGUCAUGUUUUGGUUUCUGGGUAUGGGUCAGAUUCGUUUGUUCAAGCUGCAUUGGUUAGUUUUUAUGCAAAGUGUAAUGAAUUGGGCGUUGCGAGGAAACUGUUUGAUGAAAUGCCUAAAAGAAGUUUGGUUGCGUGGAACGCAAUGAUUUCUGGGUAUGAACAGAAUGGACUUGCUGAGGAAGCUGUUGGGUUGUUUCAUAAGAUGAGGGAUGAGGGAGUUGAGUUUGAUUUGGUGACUUUGGUGAGCGUGUUAUCUGCGUGUUCUCGGAUAGGGGCUCUCGGUUUGGGUUGUUGGAUUCAUGAGUAUAUUAGGCUUAAUGGGUUAGGUGUGAAUUGUAAUAUUGCUACUUCCUUGAUUAAUAUGUAUGGUAGGUGUGGGGAUGUGAUCAAAGCGAGACAAGUUUUUGACUCGUUGAAUCAACAAAAUGUUAUAACUUGGACGUCUAUGAUAUCCACCUAUGGAAUGCAUGGAUAUGGCAGAGAGGCAAUGGAAAUAUUUAGUCUUAUGAAACUUCACGGGCCAUCUCCUAAUAGUGUGACAUUUAUCGCUGUUCUAUCGGCGUGUGCCCAUGCUGGACUAGUAUCCGAAGGCCGUCUAGCUUAUGCUAGCAUGAUUCAAGAUUACGGAAUAAUCCCCAAAAUGGAGCAUCAUGUUUCCAUGGUUGAUAUGCUUGGACGUGCUGGACUGCUAGGCGAGGCAUACCAACACAUUCAAGAUAUGAAUAUGAAUCAUGUCAAACCUACAGCGGCUGUGUGGACAGCAAUGCUUGGAGCAUGCAAGAUGCACAAAAAUGUUGAUCUUGGUGUUCUAGCAGCUGAGAAUCUUUUAGCUAUUGAACCUCAACAUUCUGGCCAUUAUGUUUUACUCUCCAACGUAUAUGCAAUGGCAGGCCUAAUGGAUCGGGUAGAAUUGGUUAGAAAUGUGAUGAUUCAAAAGGGAUUGAAGAAACAAGUUGGAUACGCCACCAUAGAAGUUGAUCAAAAGACGUAUUUGUUUAGUAUGGGCGACAAGUCUCAUCCUGAAACUGCUACGAUUUACAGGUAUUUGGAAGAGUUGAUGGAAAGGUGCAGGGAGGUAGGUUAUGUACCAGCAUCUGAAUCUGUAAUGCAUGAAUUAGAAGAGGAGGAGAGGCUUCAUGCUCUUAGAUACCAUAGCGAAAAGCUUGCACUAGCAUUUGGGCUCAUGAAAACAGAACAUGGAUCCACUCUAAGGAUUAUGAAGAACCUGCGAGUGUGUGAAGAUUGUCACAUAGCUAUCAAGUUCAUUUCUGUUGUGACCAAACGAAAGAUUAUUGUUCGUGAUAAGCUUCGAUUUCAUCAUUUCGAAGAUGGAUUUUGUUCAUGUUUGGACUACUGGUGAUGGGAUUUUAUGCGGAGCAAAGUGACGAGUUAGCAGACUCAUUUAUGAAACACCAGAAGCACGACAAGUAAGCCAAAGAGGACAACUUAAAAAGGCCAUAUGUUCCAAAUCAUGAAGAUUUAAGAUGACCAGUCCAUCGAAUGCUUGUAACAAGCAAGGUAUCAUGUCUAAAAACCUACCACUGUUUGGCCCAACCACAUGCCCCGGCGGCCCGGCCUGUUUUGACAUACAAGUUUGGUCAAUGACGUAAUAGAAAGAUAAAAUAGUUGUCUUUUCCUCCAAA